AUGGCUGAGGACCUGGCCCAGGAAUUGGAGACAGCCACUUCCUUUUAUCAGAGGGACAUCCUCUUCCAUGAGUGUAGGAUGCAAGACAGCUGGGUGGCCGCCGUGUCCACUCAGUGUGACGUCAAGUUGCUCAGGAGAGAAAUCAACUGCAACAGGCAGAAGCUGGCUGCUGGCAAGGCCACGCUCCAGCCUUUCCCGAGUGGCCCUUCUGCUGCUGGGGCUCCACCCACAGCCCACAGGGGCCCGGAGGUGCCAGGGGGGACCAUGGGCUUGGAGUUGGAUUCUUCAGAACUGCAGGCCAUCUGGGGUGUCACUUGCUUCCACACCCUUGGAUGGCUCUCGGCUCUGCCGUCCUGCAGAACAGCAGCCCCUCGCUCCCGGCCUCCAGGAUGUUGCUCUUCUCUGAAGGGCUCAGGUCCAGGGUGCGAGGAUGCUGCUCCAAGACGUGCGAGCGAGCUGUGGCCGCCCGGACGGGUCUCGGCGCCUGCCCGCCCGCUUCCCCCGCUGUUGCCCACCAGGGGCUCCUGUCCCCAAGACACCUGCUGCGGGCUCCCCACAGCCAGCGCCGCCCGCCCCCAGCAGGCUGGGGCUAGGUGGCAGGUCUUCUCCCGUCGGGUCCCUCUGAGCCUCGGCUCCGCAGCAGAAUUAUGCCCCCACCACGGCCUCUUCCUUGUCCUCCUACUCCUGGCCUUUGAGCGUCACCUCGAAGUAGUCGAGCGCUGCGCCCUCCCCACUGCCAGCCCGGCCUGCGACAGGCGCGACUGGGCUUGCCCAGACCUCAGAGCGUCCGCCUUGGGAUCCAGCCUUGAAGGAUCCCAACUCAUCACGGUCAAGUUGAGGAGGAGGAGCCUACAAGAACAGAGUUUGUUGUUCCUUGCCUGCAAGGCCAGUGGUUUGUGCUUCCCCAGCGGCCUUAGAUACACUGCAGUUCUCCUGGCACGUCCUAUUCAUGUGGCUGCUCCCCUUGGAAUUGGGAUGCCAGUAAUGCCUCUGUCCACAUGAUGACACAGCCA